CACGAACGGCAUUUGACGCAAGCGCUCGGCGAUAAGCCCCUAUAAAAGCGUCCUUUUCCUCGCUUGUCUCUCGGCUCCAGUGCGAGAGCAUGUCUUCUAAAACCCUAGUUCCUCCCAGGUUCGGAAUUCUCUUCCAGGACUACACCUCUCCUCCGUCGUCGUCGGCGAUCCCGUUAGAUCGCUUCCCACGGUCGGUGAUGGAGUUCCUGGACGGGGACUUGGAACUCCGGGAGACGUAAGGCCACAUUCGAUCGGGUCUGGAGCCUUGCGUGGAACCCCGUGGACGUUGGCGUUCCCGGGAUGCUCGCCUCUUGCAGCGGAGAUAAGAUGGUUAGGAUCUGGCAGAAGGGGCCUUCCCGUUCCUGGGAUCGCUCGGAAUUGUAAUUUUGUGGGGAUACAUUCUGCGUGCGGCCACUAGGUAUUCUAAGUACAGAUCUGUUCGGUCAAUUUCCUAAUAUUCUAAGUACAUAGGAUGGCUGGGUUAGCCAAGUCCCAAUGUAACAAAUUCUUCUUUGGGACAGAUUAGUUAGUAGCUGUCUUGCUUGUUCUAACCAAUCUGCAGUAAUGAAUACCUCUAUGUUUCAAAAAAUAAAGGAAAAAGGAAAAAAUCAUGAUUGUAGAGAAUGGGAUUAACUCCUGAAGGCUAGCAUGCCACUUUAACUCUGCCUUCUCUUGUGUUAUAUACAAAUAGAAGGCCUUUCACAUUCUGAGGCCCGUACAUAUUAUUGCUUCUUCCACUUACCAAAAAUGGAAGGAAGCAAACAGGAAACACCUUAAUGCGUUUUCUUUUAAUGCUGAUGACUGGUUCUGUGAACUUACCCAGCAUUUGGGGAACCUCAAUACAGAUCACUUUUAAGUACUGUCAUUUUUAGUGUCUUUCAAUUCAUUAUCAUUGCCCAGAAGUUUUCAGCUGCUCACAGCAAUUUCUUGGCUUAUAUGCUAGAGGAACAAUACAGAAUUUAUUAUGCAUUGUUUGCACAACACUUAGUUGAACAUGAUGGAUCAAUGUGGUUGGCAGAACCUGGACAUGAUGGAUUAGACCAUAAUUCUUUUAGUGGUGUUGAACCAACUUAACAGAGGUUUACAUGAUUGAAUCUCUUCUCCUUAAGAUGUGUCACUUCUGCAGCUGCCUGUCUAAAGACAUUUGAUGCUCUAGAAGUUGUAACAUCAAAUUCACAAUCUACAGUGGCAUUGAAUAGUCAAAUAUUGAAGAGUUUAUUUGCAAAUCAGUGGGCAUGGAUAAGAUCAUUUUGGAAGCAGAUAACCUUAAAAAAUUAUCAAGAUUACACAGGCUAGUAAGACUACAUCUUUGGAGGUGUUAUUUUUUACAACGAAGAUGAGAUUAUUGAUUCAGAAUAUAUUGCAGUUUUAUUCCUUCAGCUUAGACAUCUUUCUUUGAGUUACAAGUUGAGAGAUGGACUGAUCCAUGAUGGUCUGAAAGGAUCAUUACCACCCGAAAACUUGGCUGUCAUGGAGCUGGGUUGGAAGUGGUAAUUUAUCACUUGGGCAUGGGCUUGGAGAUGAUUUUAAAGAAGUUCGUUAUUCAUGGUGUUCUCUUUGAGACAAACUUGUGAAGAAUGUCAUACGAUACCAAAUUUUUAUCUCAUCCAUCUUUCAUGCCAUGAGGACAGAAGCAUCUAAACCAGGGAUCAAUCUCAUUGGCCAUGCAGGAAGUUUGGGGCCAAUUUGUUGCAUGUAUCACUGCAAGUUUCCCAUGCCUUGGUUAGGAAAAAUAUACAAACCAUGUUAUUCCUGCACAUGGGAUGCUUGCAAAUUAACGGUGCGAAUAUGUGGACAUACCACAUUCAUCUCAAAUUCCACAGGCAUCAUUCGGUUAUGUUCCGUCCCUGUGGUGGCAUACUUGAAAACAAUGCAAAUUGGGAAUGGACGAAGGAUGAAUUAACAAGAUGGUUUCUUCUAAUCAAGGGGCCGCAUGGUUUGUGGUGAUUCCAUCAGGUUGUCAUGCAGAUUUUGUAACAUGAGAUGCAGAUACUGUGUUAUGAAACCAAUUUUAGUAUGUUGAGGUUUACAAGGAAAGGGAAGCUCUAAUGGAUGCCAUUACUUGGUAUUGUCUGGAAGGAGUAUCUGAUUGCUAUUCUUAGGUAACUGGCUCGUAUGGAUUGGGUAUCCAGGGAGGAUUUGUAACAAAUUCUCCUUGGUCUUCCGUAUAAGAAAGGAUGUUCUUCUCAAGUUUGCUUGUCUAAUAGAUUAUUUUGUCCACUGCUUUUCUGCUAAUGCUCGCAACAAUUUUCUUGCAGAAAGGAAAGGAACAGGUGUCCCUAACGUAAUAAUUUAUCGUACAAGUGGAGGACGCGACCGGCGUUAAUUAUCGACCUUCCACAGCUGAAAGUGACUCUUCUCUUUUUUAAGCAAAUAGCUUCGUUAGGCACGGCAGACUCGGAACCCCUCAAAUAUGUGCCCAAACAUGGCAUGGAUGCUGCUAACCCAUGAGGAAAAAGAUAAUCUCAAACAAAUCCAUUUAAACCGGCAGGAAUAUUAAGAAAAGCGAGUCUGCUUGGUGGCUGAUUACAUUAGUGGUUUGCUUGGGAUCGGCAUGAGGCACAUCGCAGUGUGUGCUUAUCAACAAAAUGCUAUUUCUUUUGUCAAAGUUGAUCGACUACUUCUUAUCUCUCAAGUGGCAAUGGGGUACCAGAGUCUGUUACAGGGACUGGCGUUGGAGACAAAGCUACUUCCUGCCGAAAAGAUACCACCAUUGGUUCUCUCUCUCUCUCUCUCUGGGGUCCCAAAAAUUCGCAGACAAUCCCACAAGGACAAGAUCUUCUAUACACUACUAUGGUUGAACUAGGGUGUUGAUAUAAGUACCAGUCCCAGGAGCAGAGAAGAGACGAGGCUCAAGGUCCACCAGAUGAUUCAGCUAUAUAAAAAGCACUAAAACCCUCUGGCUUCUUCUGAAGAACACUUGCACACUUUUUUUCCCUGUAUCUCUGUCUCUAUAGUUGGAAGAACUUAUGUUCAAGAAACCUGGGCUAGAAGGGAAGAGACCAUGGUAAAGACAUGGAGCAGCACCACGCAAACCUUGAGAGGUCAGCACAUGGAGCAUCGUUAAUGGUUCAGGAGGGAGAAGAAUAGAGUUGGAUGGCAAAUCAUAGAGUUGGUGAAACUGGCCUUCCUGAUUCUGGACCUUCAACUCGGUCUCUUAUUAACGGGACUAUCGGCAACACUCCAUCUGCGACUAAUUUCUUUGAUCAGGAAGGAGCUGCUUACUUUGGAGAGUUGGAGGAGGCUCUCAUGCAGGGAGUCGACGGCCUAAGAGAAACAGAAGACAGAAAGUCUUUUAUUGCAACCAGCCCCGCAACACUAGAGAUCUUCCCAUCGUGGCCAAUGAGAUUUCAGCAAACUCCCAGUGUGAAUACGCAGUCAGCAAGAAGCACUGAUUCCGGCGCAGCUCAAAACUCUCUAUCUCAUCUGGAAUCGGACUUUCCAAAUAGCAGGAAGGCCUCCUCGGACCAGUCGACUAACCACAAGCGGCCGCAAGAGAUGAUGAUGGCAAGUGGUGCUUCCAGGACAGAAGCAGCAAGAAAUCCUCAUCCCUCUUCCCAAGAAGAGAGAAAGAUGACAGGUUCAACUGCAGCAAGGGACGGAAAAGUAAUUGAUGCCAAGACAUUAAGGCGCCUAGCUCAAAAUCGAGAGGCAGCCAAAAAGAGUCGGCUGAAGAAAAAGGCUUACGUGCAACAAUUAGAGUCCAGUAGGAUUAAGCUUCAGCAGCUAGAGCAAGAUCUCCAGAGAGCAAGAUCACAGGGCCUUCUCUUGGGAGUCGCAGGCGGUAAUGCGGCUAUCAGUUCCGGCGCUGCGAUGUUUGACAUGGAGUACGGUCGAUGGUUGGAUGAUAACUGCAAGAUCAUGUCGGACCUCCGAGCUGCACUUGAGGCUCACCUUCCUGACGACAAUCUUGGUGUAGUCGUAGAUCACUGCAUCAGGCACUAUGAUGAUCUCUUCCGGCUGAAAGCCAUCGUUGCUCAAUCGGAUGUAUUCCACCUCUUGAAUGGAAUAUGGAAGACCCCAGCGGAGCGCUGUUUCCUGUGGAUGGGUGGGUUUAGGCCCUCCGAGCUCAUCAAGAUCCUGAUACGUCAGCUGGAUCCAUUGACGGACCAACAGUGGAUGGGGAUGCGCGGCUUCCAGCAUUCAUCGCAGCAGGCGGAGGAGGCUCUCUCCCGGGGCCUGGAGCAAGUCCACCAGUCUUUGGGACAAACUGUUGCUGGCGGUUCUCUCAGCGACGGAAUCGAUGUUGGAAAUUAUGUGGGCCACGCAGCCAUUGCUAUGGGGAAGCUUGCCGACCUCGAAGGAUUCAUCGGCCAGGCUGACAACUUGAGACAACAAACCUUGCACCAGUUGCGUCAACAGCUGACGACCAAACAAGCAGCAAGAUGUUUCCUGGCGAUCGGAGAGUACUUCACCCGCCUACGUGCUCUGAGCUCCCUAUGGGCUUCUCGCCCUCAAGAGAGCUUGGUUGCCAAUGACAGUGUCGUCCCUGCCACAGCGGACCCGCAUAUAAUUCAUCAACCACUGCACAAUCAUUUUUCAGCCUUCUGAUAUCUGCGCAUGGACGUGGAAGAGACAGAGAAAGGAGAAGUAUGUUGUAUGCAUUGUGAUCGAGAUCUUAUAAUAAAGAGAUGGUGCCCCGCGAAAGCAAAAGGAGGUAGGAGAGUUGAAGGCAUUUCCGAUCGUGGCUGUUCGACAAGACCAAGGGUUAGCAGCAGCAGCAGCAGAUCAUGAAAGUAGAGACAAGAAAGAGAUGUGCAUAUAUAUUUUUUUAGAGCAAAACAAUACAACUAGACCUAACUUUUAUAAGAUAUUAAAAGAAUUGCGUGUGGUAGCUUGCAU